AUGGAGCAAAAUACUCUCAAGCGAAGAGGAGUCGGCCUCAUUGGCGUUGAUAAGCAAAAGACGUUUGGUGGCUACACGCUAUUCUGUCCUCUGACGAGCGACGUAGCUCGUCUGAUUGACAUGGACGGUAAGGAAGUUCAUAGAUGGAGGCUACCCAGUCGAAUUGGCCGACAUGCUAGAAUCUUGCCCAACGGUAACCUGGCCGUCAAUACUCUUCGACCGUCUCCUAAAAAGAAGACCAACGAUGGGGGGCCUUUCCCAUUUCCUUUCUUUAACAAGUAUGGGGGUGGAAUCAUGACUGAACUUGAUCCCGACGGCAACGUCGUCCGUCAGUUUGUCGACCCGUUCGCUCAUCAUGACCAAUAUCAUUUCGGGGACGGCAGGCUCUUAUACGCCAGUCUGGAGCCGCUCUCGCCUGAGCAAUCUGCCCAGGUCAUUGGCGGUGUGCCCGGUUCAGAGAUCGACGGCAUCACUUACGCGGAUAUUAUUAAUGAAGUUGAUGCACAAAACAACCUGGUCUGGCAGUGGAAAGUGUCGGAGCGUCUUCCCCGAGACGAGUUUCCUCUGCAGCCGCAUUAUACACGCGAGCACUACCCGCUCGUCAACUCUGUGUUGCCCCUCCGCGAUGGCAAACACGUCCUCGCCUCUUUGCGCUCUGUAUCGGCCGUCAUCGUCAUCGAAAAGGCUACGGGGAAUAUUGUGUGGAAGAUUGGCUCAGAUGUCGUUGCUCAGCAGCAUAAUGCUACAGAACUGGUCAAUGGCAACAUUCUCAUAUUUGACAACGGCGCCUUCCGCCCUGGAGAGUCCAUCACAUACUCCCGCGCAAUUGAAGUUGAUCGCAAGACUAAAAAGAUUGUAUGGGAGUAUAGAGAUCGCUCGUCACCAAUCUGUUUCUUCACCCCUUUCAUGGGAAGUGCGCAGCGACUAGAGAAUGGAAAUACGCUUCUGUGCGAAAGCGCAUUCGGUCGCUUGUUUGAAGUCACCAAGGAGGGUUAUAUUUGCUGGGAGUACUUGAACCCGCAUUUCGCAGAGUAUCCCGAUGCGGAGACGGCCAGGAUUUUCCCCGGGGAAUCGAAUGCCUUGUUCCGAGCGUAUAGAUAUGCAUUGCAGGAUAUUCCUUGGUUGAAGGCCAAGCUGGAGAAAAACGGAGGCAUCUAG